AUCUAGUGACAACGCUCCUGUGUAUGUGUGUAGCCAUAACAGAUUUUUAUGUGUCGCGAUUUUGAGGUUUUCCGUUGAAUGAUGAGCGAUUAUUCGGCUGUAGCACCACCGCCGCAACAGAAUUUCAAUCAAUCGACCGCAUUCGCCGCCGCCCUGCAACGUGCAAAGCAGAUAGCCGCUAAAAUCAACCCGUCCGCGGGGGGUGAUGGCCGGCAGAAAAGACCAUUAGAAGAUAUUGCAGAACCUGAUCCUAAAAAGGUGGCAGGUCCAGGGUUAGGUGUUCAAGGUGGUAAUAAUGGUCCUGGUGGUCGUCCAAAUCAAGGAGGUCCAAUGAAUGCUUCGGGAGGAUCAAGCGGUGGUAUGGGAGGUCCACCACCUAUGGGAGGUGGAGGUCCCCCAAAAAAUGAAGACAUUAAAGUACCUGAUAAAAUGGUGGGAUUAAUUAUUGGUCGUGGAGGGGAACAAAUUACAAGGUUACAGGCAGAGUCUGGAUGUAAAAUCCAGAUGGCUCCUGAUUCCCAGGGGAUGCCUGAAAGGAUUUGUUCUUUAUCAGGCACCUGGGACGCCAUCGUCCGAGCUAAAGAGCUCAUUAUGAACAUUGUUCAACAACGCGGUCGCUCUGAAGGUUUGGGCGGUCUUGAUUUGGGUUCAGGUCUUGGUCAUAAUAACUUCCAAGGUAAUAUGAAUAAUCAACAAAUGGGUGGUGGAGGAGGUGGAGGCGGUGGAAGAAACUUUGUGGAAAUAAUGGUACCUGGACCUAAAGUGGGAUUAAUCAUUGGAAAAGGUGGUGAAACUAUCAAACAACUCCAAGAGAAAAGCGGCGCGAAAAUGGUUGUUAUACAAGAUGGUCCAAAUCAAGAACAAGAAAAACCUUUAAGAAUCAGUGGCGAUCCCGCAAAAGUUGAAUAUGCGAAACAAUUAGUUUAUGAUUUAAUAGCAGAAAAAGAGAUGCAAGCUUACAAUAGACGGGGUGGUGGUGGUGGUGGUGGCGGGGGUAAUGGUGGAAUGAAUAGAGGGGGUGGUAUGGAAGAUAGACAAUAUGAUCAAUAUGGAGGAAAUAGUGAAGCAGAGGUUUUGGUACCUAGAGCAGCUGUGGGUGUUGUUAUUGGAAAAGGAGGUGAUAUGAUUAAAAAAAUUCAACAAGAAACUGGAGCCAAGGUACAAUUUCAACAAGCACGAGAAGAAGGACCAGGCGAAAGAAGGUGUUAUUUAUCUGGAAAACCACAACAAGUAGAUCAAGCUAGACAAAGAAUAGAAGAAUUAAUCGAUAGUGUUCAUAGGAGAGAUACUGAUGGUAAUGGCGGUGGAGGUGGAAGAGGAUCAGGGUCAGGUAGAGGAGGUCGCGAACGUUAUGAUAAUAGACAAAAUAAUCGAAAUAAUAAUCAAGAUUAUGGUGGUGGUAAUGGUUGGGAUGAUAGAAGACAACAACAGCCAGCACAAGAGGUCACAUUUACAGUUCCCAGUUCGAAAUGUGGCGUUAUAAUUGGUAGAGGGGGAGAAACAAUUAAGCACAUAAAUCAACAAUCUGGAGCUCAUUGCGAACUAGAUAGGCGAUCUCAAAACAACCAAAACUCAUCGGAAAAGACAUUUACCAUACGCGGCGAUCCUGAACAAAUCGAAACUGCCAAGCGCAUCAUUAACGAUAAAGUACAAAUGCAAAUUAAUUAUAUUACACUUGGUAUGGGUGGUUCAAAUAAUCUUCCAACAGCAUAUCCAGGGAUGGCUCCACAAGGUUACAAUCCACAAGGAUGGGGUUCUCAGGGUUAUCAACAACAGUGGGGUAAUAAUCCAGCUCCACAAGGUCCAGAAGGGGGUAAUAAUCAAAAUGGCAAUACAAAUGUACCCGGUAUGGGUGGCCAAAAUUCUGGUUCCCAACCUGAUUAUUCAUUACAAUGGGCAGAGUAUUAUCGAUCUUUGGGGAUGGUUAGAGAAGCAGAAAUGAUUGAACAACAAGCAAAAAAUAAAACAAUGGGUGGUCAAAACAUGUCAAUAGCACCCACUGUAGCUCCUCAAAACGCGCCUAAUCCAAUUCAACAACAACAGCAGCAGCAACAGCAAUCACAAACCCCUGCAAAUGGAGCUCAACCUGAUUACAGCGCUCAAUGGGCGGAGUAUUAUCGAAGUAUGGGAAAAUUGAAAGAGGCUGAAGCUAUUGAAGCUCAAAUGAAAGCAAAGCAAGGUCAACCUGGUGGCCAAGCAGCACCGGUAGCUGCAGCAAUGCCUGGGCAAGGAAAUGGCGGGAACAGUGGUUACCAGCCUUAUCAAGGAGGUUAUCAAGCACCAGCUCAAAAUCAAUAUGGAGGAUUUUCGGGCUAUGGAUACAGUGGAGGUUCUCAAUCGGGUAAUCAAGACAACUAAAAAAAAAGACAGGCUCGAAUCUUCAUCAUCAUCACCACUAAUGAUUAUAUCAUCAACGGCGCUGCGACCCAGCAAGAUUCAGCUUUGUAUCGUUUACAGAUUAUGCAUAAACAUAUGUGGCAGGCUGCGUUUGUUCCCGUGGCCAGAGGCGAUCCACCCGUGUGCUAUAUUUAUUCAUUGAUUCUUCUCCGGCAAAAAUACACCGUAGAUAAUAUGGAUAGGUUAAAGUUUUUAUUAGAGAGUAAGGUUUUGUUUUAACGAUGUCUUUUCUUAUUAUUUUUUUUUAUUAAUUUUUAUUUUGGAACCGGGCGGCGUCUCCAGUAUUUUUUUUUGCUACGUUGUAUAUUUUUAAAUAGAGGCGAGCCGAGUUGAAUAAACGUCAAUAUAAUAUAUCCCAUUAAAAACCCUUGUUACACACCCUAUUAUCAAUUGUCAUUUAUACUCGUCACUCGUUUUAUUAUUAUUAAAUAAUUAUUAGCAAUAGGAAUUUCGUCUUAGCUCUGGCGUUUAAUGGAAUGACAGAUCAACGGAACACACUUCUAACUUGGUAAGGUCUUUUAUUACAUUUUGUUUUUUUUGGUACACAAACCAAAAAAAAAAUAGAAAAAAAACUGUUUACUACUAUUAUAUUAAUUUAUACAGUGUUGUACAUUUUUUCUUAUUGUCGCAUCUCUCAUGUACGAGUAUGUAAGUGUAACGACCAGGUAAAAAUUGACAGAGAUAAUGUGCUUUUUUUAUUAAAAAAAAAUAAUAAAAAUCUCUUAAAUAAUGUAUAUGAUCCACUACUACCUAUUAAAUUUAACGAUUUAGCGUUUAAAGUACUACAAUAAUUUUUUUUCCGUUAGUUUACUGUGCAGUGUAAUUUGUAUAACAGUUAAUUUGUAAUUUCAUUUGCUACUACAUGUAUUCGCAAUACGAUUAAAUUACGUUAAUGAUU